CGCUUUUUACAAACUUUUUACGUUUUUGCAAUGGUUUCAUGGUACUUGCAAUAAAAGGAGUAGUCUGUUCUAUAAUCAUUAAUGCAGCGUAAAACACAAGAUUGUCUCAUCAUUAAUCAAGUCAGCCGAAAAAGUGCCGAAAGUUUGGACUAGACCUGCAUGUGUAAAAUGCAUAAAAGCGACAAGCCACCUGCUUCGUUUUUGGAGAGUUGACAUAGAAACAAGAACUAAUCUACAUCUUACUGACAGCCGAGUCCGACUGUCUUUGUGCAUUAACUAAAAUCCUUCAAAUGGUCGUUAUGGUCACUACGUUUACUAUCAUCUGUCUUAUAAAUGAAGAAAUUCGUUUGUUGGGUAACACAUUAGGAACACACCUUAAAUGAUCUGACUCUUCAAUCUUGUGACGUUUAUUUCACGAGAUUCCACCUGGGCAUAAAGAGUGUCAUAACAAAGAAAUUCGUCGUUGCGCUGGUGAAAAAUAUCGUUCAGGCGACAAAAAAGAUAUGAAAGGUGUCAUUUUUCACUAUGGAACUUUUAAAAUUGUUUGGGAUUUGUUUGUUGUUUUGCUUGUUCUUUAUACAGCGAUUGAAGUACCGUUUGUUGUUGCCUUUCUUACACGGGAUCAUGACAAACUAUCAAAGAAAACAGUCUUCAAUAAUCCUAAGUCGUUAUUUUUCAUUGACCUUUGUGUCGACUUGUUCUUUUUUUGUGACAUCAUUGUGAACUUCCGCACUACCUUCAUAAGUAAAAAGGAUACUUUGGUGACAGAUCCUAAGAGGAUAGCAUUACGAUAUUUACAGACAUACUUUAUUGUUGAUCUUGUUGCUGCAAUACCAUGGGACCUCAUUGCUAUUCCCCUUUAAAGAGCCCGACAGCGAUAAGUCUCCUUAAAACCGUUCGUUUGUUACGUCUGUUCCAUGCAGCGCGAAAACUGGACCAGAAUUACGAGAAAAGUGUCUCGUUGUUAUUUUUGAUGGUGUUUGUAUUCACACUAGUUGCUCAUUGGCUUGCUUGUAUAUGGUAUGUUAUAGGCUAUAGGGAAAAUAAAACUUCAGUCCCUCGUUCAUGGCUUACACAGUUGUCAAUUGAGACAGAAGAACCGAUCAACACGACCGCUGGCUACUACGGACCUUCUUUACGAGCCCGUUAUCUUACGUCAUUGUACUUCACGUUGACAUGUUUAACAAGUGUAGGUUUUGGCAAUGUUUCAGCUAACACAGACUAUGAAAAACUUUUUACGAUUAUCAGCAUGUUAAUUGGAGCGUUACUGUUUGCAGCUGUGUUUGGAAAUGUUUCGGCGAUUAUUUAUGGUCAUUACUCCGGAACAUUCAAGUUCAGAGAGAGAAUGCAAUCUGUAAAAUAUUUUCUUGGAUUUCACAAAAUUAAAGGUCCCUUGGCGCUUAAAAUAAAGGACUAUACUAGACACAUGUGGACACAAACAAAAGGCAUAUCAACUAUGAAGGUCAUGAAACAGUUUCCAAAGAAUCUUCAAGAGGAAAUUAGCAGUUAUCUUCACUUUAAUGUGAUAAAAAAUUGUCCAUUGUUUGAAAACGCCGAGGAAGGUUUUUUAUGGACUUUGGCAACGCGUAUGAUAAGAAUGCAUCAUCUUCCAAAUAACAUCAUCAUACGUCAAGCUGCUGUUGUUAAUUCUAUUUAUUUUAUCAAUCGAGGAAGAUUGGACGUGUGUCGUAAUGGUGUUGUGGUUGGAACGCUUGGUGAAGGAGAUGCUUUUGGAAACCUAAACGCAGUUUUUAACAUGGAAACUCACAAGUCAGCGGUUAUGUUGCGAUGUUUAUGUUGUGUUGACAUUCACAGUCUUGACGUUAACGAUCUUAAAGAAGUCAUGAAAACCUUUCCAGAAUUUAGUAGAAACCUUAAGAUGAAAAUGAACACGAUCAUAAAAGAAACAGUUCUUACAAGUCAGAUUCUGAACUCGUGGGAUGCCUUGGAAGUUGAAGAAACUUGUUUAGAACAUCGCAAUGUGCAUGUCUUUAAAACAUGGCUUGGCCGACAUAAACCAAAACGAGAAUGCAAUCAAGACUUGGGGAAUAUUUUGCAAAAGAACAACAAAAACAGUUUGAGUGAGACAUUCGUUUCCUUGCCUUUAUGCAUUCUUAACACAAGUAGCAGUUCAAGUGAUGACGUCCAAAAAUUAUGGAGAUUUGCGAAUAUUAUAGAAAACAUCAAGGAAACGCAGGUAUUGCAUGUGGAAACACGGUCGAAUGGUGAUUUAAAUGACAGUAAAAGAAUGGGAAAUUUGGAGGAAAAACCUUUUAGAAGUUGUAGAGAAGGGACGUCAAAUAUUGAGCACAGUAGCCCUAACUAUGAGGAUGACGGUAGACAUGGUAAUCAAAAAAUUACAGACAUCUUCAAACAUGACGAUAACGAAUCUGAGUCCAUAGGUUUAAGUAUGAAUCAUUCAUCUGAAUGCGAAUUUUACGAAACGCCACACGAAAAUGACGAAAAACACAAAUUGAACAAAAUUGAAACGACAAUUCAUCACAUGAACAAGAAAUUAAUAUCCCUUGAAAAGAAAAUGGAUACAAUACUUGAUUUUCUCGAGCUACAACAGAAACGUGACGCAAAUGUUAACGAUGCAUGAAUUAUAAGAAGCUGGAAAGGAAAAUUGUUGUGAUUUUCAAAAACCAAUAUGCCUAAACUUCCAAAAACUUUCAUGUACUUCUAGUCAAAAAGACAGACGAGGUAAGAAACAAGACUGGUGGACAUUAUUGACACUUGCGAAAAUCUAGUUUGUAAACAAGUUAUAUUUAUACCUUAAAAUAGUUCAUAAACAUCCUAAUUAAAAACUAUAUUUAAUUUGCAUUUCGUUGUUGCCUCUGGUACCUAAUGUGGCAUGACCUCGUACAGAGCGCACACGAAACAGCGUAAGUUCUAAUUUAGGCUAAAUAAUUAAAUAUGUCAUAUACAAUCAUCACAUUGAUCAUUAUUUACUUUGAUCGUAUAAAAUCAAAACAUUCAAGAGAAAUUAAACAUGUUUUUACAGCUUCUA